AGCUAAGAAGCGCCAUCUUUAUCAUAUUAUACGUUACAUUUAUUUAAUCGAAAACGAAAAUAGGACUCAAUCAUGAAUGAUAAUCAAAAAUAUAAAAUUAGAAAGAACUUGGUUCAUUUAACCAAGAAUUUGAAGGUUGAUGCAUUGUUUAUGGGAAAGCUUAUUCAGACAGAUAUUUUUUCAGAAGAUUAUGAGGAAAAAUUAAAUAUAGUAUGUAUAGAAUUUUUGGGGUCCAAUUACUCGGAUUAUGAGAAGAACUUCAGAGUUUGGAUGGAUAUUCAAACAUCUGGAGAACAAGCCUGGAAAGUACUUUUCAUAGCUUUAUUUGAAACUCAACAGGGGGCUAUUGCGGACUAUUUAGAUAGAAAAUUUGCAAAAGAAAUUUUUUCUGAAAUUUUUGAAAAUGAAACAUACCCUUUUGAUGAAGAGAAGAAUACUGACAGUGUUUUCGAUGAUAUGAUACGAGACCAUGUUCUUGAAAAGAAACCGUUUGAGGACAUACAGAUUGAUUCAACGUUUGAAGUUUGUGAAGAUGUCAAUUCAGAGAGAGCAUACUAUUUGAAAAAUGGACCAGGUCUCAUUAUAGAUUGCGUUAAAGAUUCAUAUGAUGGAAGCAUGUUAGACGACGUUUUAACUGCUCUCGGCUGUCAAGUAACAGUAUGCCAGAGCGAAAAUGAAAUAAUCGGAAAAUUAAGUAUUCUUUGUCAGAUAUGGAAAUAUUCGUCAGCGGCAGUUAUUGUUGUUCACGCUAAGGAAACAGAAGAUGGAUUCUCAAUUUCACCCAAUGAUACAACUAUGAGUUUUCGAGAAUUUUAUGAUAAAUUUUCAGAAAAUCAUAUCGUUAAUAUUCCAAAGAUUUUUAUCUUUCUGCUCUAUCCGAAUGUAAAAGUUCAAAAACAAUACGAAGAUAACCAAGUGUGCCUCUUUACAAAAGUACUUAUUUCUGGAUUAAUGGCAUAUUGCUACGAAAAACCAAUACAUCCAGAUAUAAUUGAAAAAGUCAAUGCUACUAUGAUGAAACUGAAAAAUGAAUAUGAUAAUACUCCUUCAAGUGUCAAAACAAAAAAGAAAGUUGACAACAUCAUGGAAAAAGAACAUAGAGACAAGAUAAGAAAGAAUAUGGUUCGCUUAAAUAGAGAUUUGUCUACUGAUGGAUUGUUUCUUGACUGUUUUCUAGCAGAAAACAUUUUCAGUUUGGAAAUGUUAGAGAUCAUUCAGAAAAAAUCCACCUCAUAUGAAAAAAAUUCAGCAUUUUGGAUGCAGCUUCAAAAGUCAGGAUCCAGAGCCUGGAACGCACUUUUUAGAGCUUUAAUCGAUUCAAAUCAGUCUGAUUUGGCUGAGAUGCUAGAUCCAGUAUUGGCACGACAAGCACACAAAGCCCUCAGACCUGGGGAACCUUACCCAUACGGUGAACUAAGGAAUCAUGAUACUGAAUUUAUGAACGCAGUUAAAAAACUCGUGUAUGAAAAAACAAUACCAUCAUCAAUUAAUAUUGAUCAGAUUGAUAGAAGUUCUAAAAUUCAUGAAGAUAUUGACUUGGAUAAGGCAUAUCAUUUGAAAAAUGGAUCAGGUCUCAUUAUAGAUUGCGUUAAAGAUUCACAUGAUGGAAGCAUGUUAGACGACGUUUUAACUGCUCUCGGCUGUCAAGUAACAGUAUGCCAGAGCGAAAAUGAAAUAAUCGGAAAAUUAAGUAAGCUUCGUCAGAUAUGGAAAUAUUCGUCAGCGGCAGUUAUUGUUGUUCACGCUAAGGAAACAGAAGAUGGAUUCUCAAUUCCACCCAAUGAUACAACUAUGAGUUUUCGAGAAUUUUAUGAUAAAUUUUCAGAAAAUCAUAUCGUUAAUAUUCCAAAGAUUUUUAUCUUUCUGCUCUAUCCGAAUGUAAAAGAGAGAACUGUCCGAGGAAUCACAAAAGGAGUCCAUACUGUAUCUUUAAGUGAAACUCAGCUUGCAAGAAAAAAAAAUUUAAUCGAGAUUCCUAAAAAUUCCAUGUUAAUUUAUCAUAAAGUUAAUUUUCCCAAAAAGUGGUCGAGCGGCGAUGGAAGUAUCUUUGCGAGAAUACUAUGUGCAGGGUUGAUGUCAUAUUUCAACGUAAAACCAUUAAAGUAUAUCAUUGAGAAAGUUAAGAAUGCUGUAAAGGAAGCAACUAAGACAUUUAGUGAUUCAGUUGAAGAGGCUGAUGGAAAUGUUGAAGAAGAUAUAUGUCUGACUAAAACAAACCUUCUAAAAGAUUUUUAUGUUUAUGGUGAUAAAGAUAACUUUGCAUAA